CACACUGAACUGAUCUAAGCGAAGUCUUACGUGAUGUAAAAAUGAUUGAUACUUUUUCCAAAUGAAGUACCGGUUGUUAUAGACUAUACUGCGCGCCCAAAAGCCAAUACAACUUUCGCAGUCAUGUUUUAUACCAUGAAAUAGAUUCGCAAGUUGCCGUAAAUGUGCUUGAGCACAUAAAAUGACGCAGCAAAAACAAUUGACCGGAACGACGGAAUACACCAGCCAAUAUUAAGACCGAUGAGUGUGUGCGAUAGCUUUCUGAAUUUCAACACCGUUGAUACAAGUUUAGAGGGCUCAAUCUCAUGGUUACACCAUUCUUCAAUAAAUCACAUGGUAAAGUUAGAAAAUGAUCCUACUUUUUUCUCUUAAACGUUGGACUUGAGUACGUCGUUUAAUAUGUAAAAAACCAGGGGUGGCCAACUGGAGCGGACAAUUAAAGCCAGUCUUCAGUGUUGAAACUACUACAGAAAAUGACGCAGCAAAAGCAAGUGACUGGAACGACUGGGACGGACUUGUCAAUAUUAAGAAUAACAUAAUAUGUGCGAUACGUAGUUUGGCAUAUAUUUGUAUUCUGUGCGUUUGGAAUCCGUAUCGUUGUGGUAUCUUGUUGUUUCAAUGGUACGGUUAAUAGCACAGAAUUAGCACGCGCGACAGCUUUGUCAAUAUCGACACUGAGGCCUGUUUACAGGGCUCUAUCUCAGACGCCAGCACGGCAUUCUCUUGGAACCUUGGAAAAAAAAUUCGUCUGGCACCCAGAGUACCAGUUCGCCUAGUGUCCCGAGGGUACCGGGUACGUUGAAUUGUUUAUUAUGUACUAUCUCUCCUUGAUUUGCUUGAUGUAUCGAAGAUUUUUGUUGAGCGUUUUAAUAAGUCACUGUCAUCACUAUAGGAAUUUACCAAAUAUUUUCUCUUGAACGUAGAGCUUUGUUGGGUAGUGUAAUAUGCACAAUUGUUGCAUCGGAACUUAGUGAAAAUCGCCUCUUUGGUGUGUACAUUAGCUUUUGUACAGUUUAGAUGCAAGUUUAGAGGGCUCUAUUUCAUGGUUGUUCUAUGGUUCAAUAAAUCACAUCGUCGUUAGGAAAUUACCGUAGUUUUUCUCUUGAACGUUGGGAUUGUGAAUAGACGUAGUAUAAUAGGUAAAAAGACAGCCGCUGGCCACCAGCAGCCAAAAUUAAGGCUAGUCCUUGGUGUUAAAACUACGCUAGUGUCUGUUUUCAGAAGUUGUUUGGGCUCAGAAAAUGACACAGCAAAAACAUUUGACUGGAACAACUGAAUACACGGGCCAAUAUCGAUUGUAUCGCAUGGUUACACUUUGUAGCAUGGUCAUUAAUUAUGUUCUUUCAAUAGAGUUGUAAUAGUCUUUAAGCAAGCACAGCAACAAACUGCCAGAUACAGCGACACAACAUGUGCAAUGGUGUGAGAAGUCUAGUACGUAAGCGAUGUUUCCAGAGGACGGCAAAUCUAAUUUGAUUGCAAAAUGGUACGACAGAAAUAGAAAUUUGAUAGGAUACUGUGGUACCAUGCAUAACUUUUCGGAAAAACGUGCACGUCUUUUCAUUCCACGGCCCUUUCCAUAACUGUCAGCUGCGGAAGCCAAAUUCAUCUCAUUGUUACUUUCCUAUUUAGUGAAGUGAAUCGGCGGAAAUAGUGAUGGCAGAGAAGACGGCCCAAUUUAGCAUCGAUCUGGUGGAAGCAGCCCUUAAACACCGUCAGUUCUUACAGCUCGUUGACGCCUAUCCAAGCCUGUAUGCUGGACCACACGUUCAGAAUGCAAUCAGGAGAUAUGAACUGUUCUGGUUGCCACUGCUUGCUCAGUCGUCCGUCACUGAAGACAUCGCAGCACCUCUCGACGUUGCCUGGGUGUGGCAUGUACACAUGUUGUCGCCCAUCAGCUACGAAAAAGACUGUAAUGAGGUUGUCUCAACUCUGGUGGAUCAUAAGAUCCUGGUCGGAGCGCAACGUACAAGAGGACUUGAAAGAGCCAGGAUCUUAUGGAAGAAGUUGUACCCUAGUGAACCUUUCGAAGUUGACCUGACGGCCUCUGUUGGUAACACGCCUGAUUUUGAGUCGCGAAUUGAGUAUGACAUCACAGCGGCCUGCGGUCGGCAGAGGGUGUUUUACUAUCAGGUCUCUUUACCUCAUUAUGAAGAUAAGAAGUUCUUGACUAGAGCAUUGGGGCGAUAUAAACAGCACCUCGUCCUCAAACAACAAAACCCAGAUCUGUUCUUCGUACCAUGCUACGACUUUGAUCUCAUUUGGCAUGCGCAUCAGGUACAUCCGCUGAUAUACCAGAAGGACACCACUGAAGUCCUAGGAAAGGUGCUCAACCACAACGAUUCUGUAAACGACCGGCAGCCUGGUUCAAAGCUAUCAAGGUCUUGUGAAACAACGCGACAGAAAUGGAAAGAAGCUGGCCAGGAAUUUGCAGUGAGGGGCGUCAUGUUCCGUGGGGAGCCUCCACUGCCGACUAGUGUCCAAGCUGAACCGGUGGACUACACUGGAAUGGUAGCACUUGAGUACACUGUGGCGCUGACUCGGCUGGAAGUUGAAGGCCUCCCAGAAUCUAAAUCUUAUGCCGUCAAAAUUGAUGUCGUAAAUGGCGAACAUGUUCUUAAGACGCGCGUUCGUGGACCAGCUGCCAGUUUGUCCAAUUCUACCACUGUGCUAUCAACGUUCAAGUUUAACCGAAAGAAAAGCAGCAGCCUUAAGGUUCGUAUUUACCGGCAUGAAAGGUACUCCUUGUUCUCGCAGACGUUCGAUAAAUCUGCCUACUACGAGUUCUGGAGCCAUCUUCUCGGCAGUGAUACCCACAAAAGCACCGUGGAGCCUAAACCAGUAACCCACGUAUUAACGAUUGCUGAUAGUGUCAUCGUUCGGUUUACUACCGUGGCCAAUUCACCUAGACCUUAUAAGUAUUACUUCUGGGUGAUACCCGAGAAAAAUUUCAGCACAGUACAGCAUCCUGCCCAGAUCUUGAGCUCGCCAACGCUAAUCCUUUCUCCGCUGUCUCUCGCUCAAUCUUCAGCACCUUGCUCAUUGUCAGUACAUCGGUUACUCGACUUUAACGAACGAGAGGCAUUCACCUGCCGAGUUAUGCACUCCGCUCAGCUGCUGUUCUCUUCUGUGGAGGUCAUUGACCAUGCUGGCCGCGUUGUAAGCACCGCGCAUCUCAUCCGGGGUGACGUAAUUCCGACGAGAGAGCAAGUGAACAAUCCGGAGAAAUGUUGCACCAUGGAUGAGAUGGCAGGAGAAAGAGCAAUCCUUAUAAGAGGAAGCCAAGACUGGGGUAUCUGCGUUGGCAAAUGGAAAGGGUUUCGUAGAGGUGUUACUGGUGUGCUUGGCACGCCUGGACGUCUUUCCAUAAAGUUCUUCUCUCUUUUUGGAAAGCGUGAGUGGAAAUACGUCAAGAAACGACGGCGAGACAAGUUCUCGAUAGGCCUCGUGGGCAGGAAGAAAAAGGUCCAAGUUGACCUGAAACGUGGCACGAUUUCUUUUUCACAAGAGGUGCAUUACAUACCGGAAGCAAUUGCCCUUGGAUUUUCAAUAGCCAUUCUUCAUCUUUUGUGCCAGCCGUAUUGCCCGAUACAAAGGACCAACUACAUGAAACCAUCAGCAGCUGUGUCAAACAACAUCAGCAAACCACGCAGAAUCCGCAUUGAGGACCUCAGGCUUGUGGUGGCAGCAGGGUACUAUGCUGACAAUGUACCGACCAACUCUUAUAUCAAGUAUGAAAUUGGGGGAGGUGCGUGCGGUGGUUGUGGUGGUUGUGGUGGAUGUGGUGGAUGUGGUGGAGGCUUUAGUUUUCCCGGAGGUGUUCAGAGAAGGGUUAUUCUUGGUGAAGGUGUUAGUUUUGAUGAAGAUGAUAGUUUUGGUGGAACUGGUGGUUGUGGUGGAUGCGGCGGCUGUGGUUGUGGGGGAUGCGGAGAUUAAAGCAGACGCAGUCAAUAUAUCAAGACUAACAAAACGUAACGUUUCAUCAUACGAUAAUAUUAAUGAUAGCAAGACACUCAUGACUUAGCCAUGUAGAAACGAUCUCAACUCAUUAUGGAAUAUAAAACAGUGUAGCAAUGUUAUUAUAGAUGCCCGCACUAGUUAAGUAGUUAUGAAAUGCAAAAAGUAGCGCCACUUCCUUUAAUAGUUAGGAUGGGCAAAACAAUGUGAAUAUGGCUUCAAUCCUUUAUACACUGAUCACUUUUGCAAAAAUAAGUCGGUAUUUAGUAAAUUUUGGUUAAUUACUUUAUUUCCUUUAUAUAGUAAGUUUACCACAUGUGGUAACUAUAUCAAGAGGGAUCAAGAAUUACUAACAAUAUGUCAAAUGUUUCAUUUAUUUUUAUUUGACUUAGGAUCAGGAGCAGAUGAUAAUUUUAUCAGUUAUAGAGGCAAUUCAAUUUUGUCAGUUGUUCUAUUGUGACAGGAAAUUAAACUGCAAAUGAUUGGAGCUAAAAUAAGUUUUCUUAUCUAUAAGGGGAGUAGCGGAACCUUUGUAUCUAUAAGUGUGAUCAUGCCUUAUCCUAGCCUGCGUAGCAAGCGUUUCCGUUGGUUUCGGGAGCAAAGAAUUACCACGCGAAAAUUGAGCGGGUAAAACAGGGGGGAGGGGGAGGGGUGGAUAUUUACCGAGCCGCGAAGCGGUGAGGUAAAUACCCACCACUAGCCACCGACACUGAGGGGAAUAAUUGUUUAGUAUGUACCAAACCAGUAGCCGAGUAGGAUAAAACAUCUGCAAAAAUUGACUCAGGAGACUGCCAAAAAGGCUUUUAUUGCGUAGGUUCGAGCACAAAAUGUGACCUUCGCCGCGCGAGCUAGGAAUAGCAAAUACUAUUCCGAGUUUGAGUAACGAAUCAGAAUGCGCGGAAAGCACUAUCCAUUGGUUCUGUAUAUACUAAUUAGAAUCAUUGUCACUUCGGCCCCCUCGAUGGGAUGCUAGUUUAUAAGCUGCUAGUUCGUGCUAGUCCCUCCCCCUCCUCCCCCCCUUCAAGGUUUUUGCCUGGUUGUCUUGUCGUUUCCCGAUACCAUUAUUUUUCCUUGAUGGAGAGAGGGAAUGUAACGGUAAAGUUUCUUAUCGAUCCAAGAACAUAACGCAAUAACCACAGCUAUUGAGAUUAUUGGUUAGGGCGCCGGACUUAAACGCGGAGGUCGCGGAUUCAAGUCCCGUUCUGAUCACUUAGCUGGAGUUUUUUCUGAGUAGCCCCUUGAUCAACUCCUCGGCGAACCUUGUAAAUAGCCAACUGGUCUGUUUUCCUACUAGGUUAUUAGUUCAUGUAUAUUUGUUUCUAUCAGCUUAAGUGGUAUGCACGUGAACUAGCUACAUGUAGGUGUAGCUAAGCGCACUGACCACUAUAAACAACAGCAUUUGAACUUUUUUUUUUCGAAUCUUAGGCUCAAUCUGCCUUCCAAUUCAACACGCUAAAUAAAAAUACAAACAAAUAUCUGAAGUUGCGUCAAGUC